AUGUCCACCUCGAUUCUUCCUCGAUCCUCCUCCAUACCCUCCCCUCUCGCCGCUUCCAGCUCAUCAUCGACAAAGCUUUUACAUCCAGAUUUAUUCACUCGACCUCACAAGCUCUUAUCCCGAACUCGAUCUGCCUCCCCCUCUCCUUCCAUCUGCUCAGCAGCAACUAGCGUCGAUGAUCUAGAAGACAUGGGAAGGAUAUCUCAAAUUCGCCCAAUGUGGGACUCUCGCCCAUCAUUGGAGGAGAGGCUCGACAGCACGACUUUGGCGGGCAGUGACGUGAGGGGGGAGAGCUCGACCAGUCGUCAGAUCAACGGUCAAACCUCACAUACAGAGGAGAAGAAGGAGGGUGAGGGGGUCAGCCGGAGAUUUCCGGAGGAAGAAGAUGAGGACAUCCUGAAGGAAUCCCACCAUCGCUUUGUUCUCUUCCCGAUCCGGUUCAGAUCUAUAUGGCAAGCGUACAAGGCGUGCCAGGCGUCUUUCUGGACAGCAGAAGAGCUGGACCUCGCCCUUGAUGCGAGAGAUUGGGAAGAGCGUUUGACAGAGAACGAGCGGUUUUUUAUCCUCAGAAUAUUGGCCUUCUUUGCCGCUUCUGAUGGCAUAGUCGGUGAAAACAUCGUCUCGCAAUUCUCUAUGGACGUUCAAAUCGCCGAGGCGAGAGCUUUCUAUGCCUACCAGACGAUGAUCGAACAGGUCCAUUCGGAGACCUACUCACUCUUGAUCGAGACCUACGUGAAGGAUUCCAAAGAGAAGGAUUUUCUAUUUCGAGGAAUCGACAAUAUCCCUUGUAUUCGGAAAAAGGCAGAUUGGGCUCUGAAGUACAUAACGGAGGAACUGCCCUUCCGCGUUCGACUGGUCGCUUUUGCUUGUGUGGAAGGCAUAUUCUUCUCUGGCAGCUUUGCGGCUAUUUUCUGGCUGAAGAAGAGGGGUCUCAUGCCUGGCUUGACUUUCUCCAACGAGCUCAUCAGCCGGGAUGAAGGGACGCAUACUGACUUUGCAUGCCUCCUGUAUGAUCAUUUGCGCCAUCGGUGCUCGUCUGAGCAGGUCCAUGACAUUGUAUCGGAGGCUGUCGCCAUCGAGAAGGAAUUCCUCACAGAAGCACUUCCAGUCGCUCUGAUUGGCAUCAAUGCAGACUUGAUGUGUCAAUACAUUGAAUUCGUCGCCGACCGUCUCGUCGUCGCGCUGGGCUACUCCAAGAUUUAUGGUGCUCUCAAUCCCUUCGAAUGGAUGGAGUUGAUAUCCCUGCAAGGGAAAGCUAACUUUUUUGAAUCACGAGUUUCCUCCUACCAGCUGGCGAACGUAUCGGGGGGCUCUGGGUACGAGAAAAGCCACGACUCUUCAGGGGAAGCAGACCAUACUUCGAGAAGAGUGUUCCGCCUGGAUGCGGACUUUUAG